AUGGUUGAGAAUUUGAAGGAUGCUUGCUUGCUAGAAGUCGAUAAGAAGGAUUUUCUUGAGAUACAGAAUGUGGAUUGUUUCAAGAUGCAUGAUGUGGUUCGUGAUGUUGCUAUAUGGAUAGAUAAUUCCUCUGGGAAUGAACACAAGUCUAUUAUUCAAAUUGGAAUUGGGUUAACUACGAUAUCACAUAUUAAAGUAUCAGCUUUUGUCAAGACAAUAUCAUUCAUAAGCAACGAAAUUGAAUGUCUACCUGAUUGCUUCACGAAAUGCCCAGAGACAACAUCUUUACUUUUGCAAGACAAUGAAUUCCUUGAGGAAAUCCCACAUGAAUUCUUUUUGGCAUUUCCAGCUCUAAGAGUUCUGAAUCUGAGUGAAACUGGUAUCGGAGUACUGCCUUCUUCCAUCAAUAGCUUAUGUCAACUACGUGCUAUAAUACUACAAAGUUGUCAUUGGUUGAAAGAGUUACCACCUGUUGGUAAUCUUUGUAAUUUGCAAAGCAUCGGCAAAGGAUCUUUCCUGAAAUUAUCGAACAUUGAAAUGUUAAAUAUGCUGGAGAGUAAACGUUAUAAUACCAAAUAUCUAGUUGGAUAUGUAACUUUUAUUUUGUUGAGGGCACAUCUUAAAGGGUCCCUUCUUGGAACAACUUCUUUUGAUGAGUUAUCAUCUCUACACAAUCUUACUACUCUUUUCAUUAGACUGGAUAGCUCAUCAAUUUUCAACAGAGACCACACCUGGAUGACUAGAUUGAAAAGAUUUCACAUUGAAGUUGGGCUGGUAGAUUUGUUUGUGCAAUGUGGCUCAAGCCAGACAACACUUGUCGACUCAGAAAUUCCAAGAGUUCGAAAGCUGUCAUUGACAUCCUUACCAAAAUUAGGAACGUUGGGGGAGCCAGAGAGUAUGUGGGAACACCUGGAGGAACUUGAGCUGAUAUUUUGCAACAGAAUAAAGAAGUUGCCUCUCUCUAUUCAAACCUCCAACAAUAUUAAAAAAAUAAGACGAUCAGCAAGAUGGAGUAACUGGAGUGCAAUGACAACAACUUCAAGUCAAAUUUAG